UAUCGCCAAGACGCCAACACAUACUAAAACAUUUAUAUUAUAUUGAUAAUCUUUCCUAACUUGAUCGAUAUCUAUAGAGCCGAUUUCUCUUACCAAAAACAAAAGCAAACCCUUUAGUUGUCUUUUUCUCUUUUGAAACACCACCAUAUAAGAAAAAAACAGAUACACCAUAUAUAUAGCUUAUGCUGUGUGUAUGCAUCUGAUACAACAUGACAGAAAUUGAAAUUCCUCAGUUUUUCGCUUGUCCCAUUUCGCUUCAGAUCAUGAAGGACCCCGUGACAACCGUUACGGGCAUAACAUACGAAAGAGAAAGCAUCGAACAGUGGUUGCUAAAGGCUAAAGAUUGCACGUGUCCCAUUACAAAACAACCAUUGCCAAGAAACUCAGAGUUCUUAACCCCAAACCACACUCUUCGGAGGCUAAUCCAAGCUUGGUGUUCAGCCAACGAAGCAAACGGGGUUGACCAAAUUCCAACUCCAAAAUCUCCUCUCAGUAAUUUCCACGUUGAGAAGCUCGUGAAGGAUCUCGAAGUUCCGGAUAAUUAUCAAAAGGCAUUGGAGAAAUUGCACGUUCUUGCAAACGAGAACGAGAGGAACAGAAGGUGCAUGGCUUCAGCGGGAGUACCGGAAGCUAUGGUGCACGUGAUCACAAAGAGCUUCAAGCAAGGUAAAGCCACGUCGUGUUGUUAUCUCAAAGAGCCUCUCAGAAUUCUUCUUUUGCUUUGGAACACUUCCAACAUGGUUGACAACAACAAAAUGAAGCGCUUGGUUGGUGAAAACCUCGACUUUCUCGACUCCUUGACUUGGGUUUUGCAACUUCAAACCAAGAACAACGUCAAGGUAACAAACGAAGCAAUGCCUGUGAUGAAAUUGGUUAUUGAAGCAAAAGACUCAACCCCUUUAGGGAACUUAAAGCUUGAAUUCUUCAAAGUGGUUGUAAGUGUGAUGAAAAAUAGAGAACUCUCUCAGCAUGCUAUUAAAUCCGCAUUGCAUGUGCUCAUAGAAACGUGUCCUUUGGGGAGAAACCGAACGAAGAUAGUGGAAUCAGGUGCAGUGGUGGAACUCAUUGAGCUUGCACUUGAAAAACCAGAAAAGAAUGUGACAGAACUCAUAUUCAUCCUUCUGGCACAUCUGUGUUCUUGUGCUGAUGGGAGAGAACAGUUUGUGCAGCACGCUGCAAGCAUUGCUGUGGUUUCCAAAAGGAUCCUCAGGGUUUCUCCAACGGUUGAUGAUCGAGCUCUUCAUAUAUUUUCCUUGAUUUCAAAAUUCUCAGCGUCAAAUGAGGUUGUGCAAGAGAUGUUAAGGGUUGGUGCUGUGUCAAAGCUUUGCAUGGUGUUGCAAGCAGAUUGUGCUUCCUAUUUGAAAGAUAAGGCAAGAGGGGUACUUAGGUUACACUCCAAAACAUGGAAUAAUUCUCCUUGUAUUCAAGUAUACUUGUUAACCAGGUUCCAAAGGUGAUCAUUGAUUAACAGAAACUUCAUUUUUGUGCCAUCAUAGUCUAAAGCUUGUAUCAAAUCAAGUGUAUAAUUUGGAAAAAGAAUUAAACUUCUUUCUUGGGUACGAUGAAUUAAUUAAUAUUAGAUCUUAAUUAACCCAACUCAAAUUUAAUAAAGGAUAAUUUUUUCUGUAAUUGUAUAUAGCUAGUUGGCUUGAUGUAACAAGGACAGCACUUUUUGUCUUGAAAGACGGAGUUGAUUGAGUGUAUCUUUGGGGCGGUUGAUCAGCAGCCGUCAACUAUGACAAAAAAUAAAAUGAUGGCUAAGAUCAACUUCACCGCAUUAAUUGUUUCAAAGCCAAAAGCGAAAAAGCUACUUUCUUGA